CCAGUUAAACUUUCGCGGUAUAUAUAACUGUAGCCGACUUCUGUACCGUAUAGCGAGUGCACGAAAUACCUAGUGACUCAUUUUUUUGUUCGUUUGAUUAAAACUAAACGUUCGCGUAUUGAAAACAUCAGUUCUACUCCGUCACUGGAGAGUUAACGUACAACAUACAAAUUAUAUUAUCAUGUUUUGUGUUAUAUUGAUGUGAAUGAACGUAACAGACAAAACACCUGGUUUAUGUUUUUGUUCCUAGGGGGAAGAAGGGAGGAACUACAAUAUUAUUGCGGUUACAUUAAAGGAUUUAUGUGCUGGGGAUAUUUAUUCUUGUGAUUUAUAUAUUUUACACAGCUUAAAGAAAGAUGAAGUGCGAAUAUACUCAGGUGAUACACAUACUCGUUUCGAUGUUAUCUUUUGUUGCGACGUUCGGGCAGUCAUCAACCUGUCCACCAAAUCCACAUGAGAAGGUCCAACAAUGCACAGAUAAUGUACUUCCUAAUCUCAACCAACAAACAGAAGCUGGUGCUCCAGAAACAUAUAGAACGCACGUGCAGCAUGCAAGUGAAACUUGCAGAGAUUCGCGGCUACGAGAUGUGGCUGACUGUAUACAAGAUAUACUCGAUCGUUGCCGAGGGACCACAGAUGCGGAACAAACAUUACAAAGACUUAUUGAUAAAGAUAAAGUUGUGAAUACAGUGGACUACUUUUGUAGACAUAUCAGAGUUUACGAGGAACAUGCGGAAUGUAUAGCCAAACAUCAUGAAGAAACCUCAAACUGCAGCAAAGAGGCCCAUAAAAGUUUUAGAGCAAAAGUGAACGCCGGUGCAAACAUCGACGUACUUAUCAUGGGAACAUGCAGAUUCCAUGCAGUAGCAAGAGGAUGUCUUACGAACACUACACAACUUCACUGCGGAGGAAGUGCAGCAAAUUUUGUAUACACUCUACUAACAGGACUCAUGCCACCAUUUUGCGAAACGAUGAACCCGGAAUACAGUCAUGUGCACACAACUCGCAGUUUUAAUACAGAGGGUAGACGAAAUCAAGUAGAAUCAAGUGCAGUUUAUAUGAAAGCAUUAAUUAUUCCUUCUUUUCUAUAUUCUUUCGUUAUUUUGUUCAGGUAUUAUUUCAUAUGAAAGCGUAAUUUUACAAAUGUCGGACAUUUGUUUCGGAUGAAAAGCUUAAUACCCCAGUCACACAUACGGCGCGGAAAGCUACGUCUAGCCACGGAUAAAAACGUAGUAAUCCGUAUCGACCCGUAUUGAAACGUACCUGAGACGUACCUUAAUGUAGUAAGCCGUAUCAAUUCGUACCAAUUCGUACGGCUCAGGUACGGAUCGAUACGGGUUACUACGAUUCUAUCCGUAGCUCGACGUAGCUAUUUGCGCCGUAUGUGUGACUGUGGUAUAAUAUAUGCAGAAAAUGAAACGACAAAAAUCUAAAUCGUUAUUUAACAUACUUAUUGACAUGUUUAUGUUAUGUCAUUAAUACGUAUACAAAGGCAUAAACUUUCUUUCCAUGGCAACAGUGUAAUUUAAGACAUGAUGAUGACAUUAUAUACACAGUUUGUCGAGAUAACAUGAGUAAAGUUUUGUUUCAGAUGACGUUUCAAAUAUUUGUUUAAAUUUUGAUGUUAGCUUUAAUCCUCUCGAACGUUUUGAUAAUUAUGAACCUUUUUACACGUUUAGAGAUAUUGAUCAGUUACAGGAAGAUUUGUUUUGAUACGCUGUAUAUAAAGUAUAUCAAAACUGCUGAACGCGUAGUUUGUCUUAUGUGGUUUUGUUUUGUAAAGAUUUUUCUAUAUCUUUGUCAAUGUUGUAAAGAUUUUUCUAAAUCUAGGUAGAAAAUAAAUAUGUUAGGAACCCCGUAGGAAACUACUAAAGGGAGAUAUACUAUUAAUUUAGAAAUGCUAUAAAAGCAGGCAUACACUUGUCUGCCAAAAUGCAUUUAUCUAUAAAUAUUUGUUCCAGAUAUAUCAAGGACUGCUCCAGACCUUUCAAAUAUAAUGCUUUUUAUUUCAGAAAUUGAAAGUUAGUUUUAAAAAUCGUUAAUAAGUAACUCUAGGUUGUCAGUAAAGGAAAGUGAAUACAUAUAUGUAACCACAUAGGACAAGUCAAACGUUCCAUUAAGCCAUAUAAAGAUCUGUGAUAUUAACAUGUACAUAUAGUGUAUUUGUCAUAAAAGUGAUCAUAAUUGUUUGUCCAAUAUUGUCGUCGUUUUAUGCUGACAUUUGUAGAAGUGAAGUAGCUGAAGAACGCACGUGCUAUGAGUAAUAUUUGACUGAAUGCAUAAAACAAUUUGGUUAACUUACUUCAACUGUUUUCCUAAAUUUUACAUUUCCUUUACUUUGUUGAUACAUGUGAAUGAAGAAAGGUGUAUGCAAUUUUGUUAUUUCAACCAGAGCCUUAUUCAUUAUUCUGAUUAUAAAAUGUAUCUGCAAAACAUUUUUGUUAAGAUAAUAAAUGUGAGAGUAGUAAUUAUGCUGUUCAGAUGACAUAAACUCUACAACAUUUUAACUACAAGUAGAGCUGCAGGAAUUUAUUAAUAUUCCAAAGCAAAUGUAAAAUUUCAGAUUGAGAAUUUUGAUGUUCUAUGGUGUAGUAUCAGUUCACAUCCUUAUGUUUUAUGCUACCUUCGAUUGUCUUAUGAUCGCUGCAACGACGAUCUGUUUCAUUUCUACGUUGAUUGUUAGAGAAGUAGACAUGAUUAAGUUUUCAGUCAAUAAUCAGCAUCCACUUUGAGUUGCUUAUAGCAUGUCAUUUCGCACAAGAGUAUCUCACUGGAGUACAUUUGCGGACUCAAUAAGUAUAGCAUUUUUAAUAAAGACCAGAUAAGACAGUGUUAAAUAGCAGUACACUUAUUUACUUAUUUGUUUAAAAUACUUAUUUACUUAUUUGUGUAAAAUGAUGAUUUGUUUUGUAUUGAUUACAUGUAUAAUUAUAUGUUUUGUUCUGUAAAGCAUUAAGGGUGUAAGUUUUCAGUGAAUUACAUUAUUCUCAAAGAUCUAUAUACUGAGAUUUUCCUGUAUCAAAGGUAUCUUUUAUUUUCUAUUUUAACAUUUUCAUAUUUGUUGUGUGUAUAGUUUUAUAUUGCUCUUUUCAUUACAGUGUGAAACAUGCAAGAUUAUUUAAGUUGAGGUCAGUUUAUUUUUGUUAAAUGAGCCGUGCCAUGAGAAAACCAACAUAGUGGGUAUGCGACCAGCAUGGAUCCAGACCAGCCUGCGCAUCCGCGCAGUCUGGUCAGGCUCCAUGCUGUUCGCUUUUAAAGCCUAUUGGAAUUGGAGAAACUGUUAGCGAACAGCAUGGAUCCUGACCAGACUGCGCGGAUGCGCAGGCUGGUCUGGAUCCAUGCUGGUCGCAUACCCACUAUGUUGGUUUUCCCAUGGCAUGGCUCAAAUAUAUUCCACUCAUAGCCUUCAUCGUCAUAUUCAAAUUCAAGUUACUCGUAACGUUUAGUUAGGAAUCAUUUGAAAGGAAGCUCACAAAUUGUGUAACAAGGUUUUCUGCUACAUGUUUGAUAUACACUUCCCUUCAUUGUUUUGCUGAUCUUUGUAAAAGUUAAGGAAAAACCAUAUCCAAUUGAUGGGUAUGUCUAAGGACGAGACUUUUAUGCCAAACAAGUAUAAACGUUGUGUAUUCAAACAUUUAUAUAGAAAUAGUUCGGAUCUGAAGCGAGAAUGUAUAAGUGUUGCAGUAAACUCUGUGACAAUACCAUAGCAAACCUGUAGCUGGAUAUGUUUAGUCUGCUGUUGCUUCCAUUCGGAAUUCUUAUAAUGAAAACCGCUUCUUAAAUGUUUCUGCAUGGUCUUUCUCGGACAUUUAUAAUUAAAUGAUACUAGUUACCGUAUCUUUUACAAUCAUGGAAGCUUAGCCUUUGUUUUAACAAUAUGCAUGAAAGUAGUAUUCUUCAAAAGUUAGUUAUGAAACUUUGAGAUGGUGAUUUAUUAUUGAAUAGACCUGUCAGAAUCUAAUUUGGUAUGGUCUUAGCUAUAUACACACGCAUGAGGCUGCUUUGUAGGUAUAUAAGUUCCAGAAAUCUUCACCUUAGUCUGAAAUGCAAUGAGUGUAUUUAAAUACGUUCGAGUGCCUUCGAGCUAUACAACCUUUAAACACAUCCAACACAACAGCGUGAUAAUUAUUGAAGGUGUCUUUUGUGUAAAUGUUUCUGCAAAGUUAUCAGUUACUAAGAAGUCAUGUUGUCUUCAAAUUCUUGCAAUAUAUUCUAUUAUUAUAAACAGAUAUUCUUUUUAGUAUGGUUUUGCAACUGAUUGUGCAAUAAAGAUGACAUAUAUCAA